UAGACUAGUCUUGCCUAGUUUUGCUGCGCCUGCGUAGCCGGCGUACAAAGGUGUUUUUUUCCCCCACUGUUCGUUUUCGUUUUUGAAUCAACUUUUAAGGAUUGUUUUUACGUGUUAAUACAAAUCAGGAUGGGGAAAAAAGAAGAUGAAGUCAUUAGGAUAGCGAAGAAGAUGGAUAAGAUGGUGCAGAAAAAAAAUGGGUCGGGAGCGUUGGACCUUCUCAAGGAACUGAAGAACGUUUCCAUGACGUUGGAGCUUCUGCAGUCCACCCGAAUCGGGAUGUCCGUGAAUGCCAUCCGCAAGCAGAGCACGGACGAUGAGGUCACGGCACUGGCGAAAGCUCUCAUCAAGUCGUGGAAGAAGCUCUUGGACGCCCCUGCAGGAGGAGAGAAAUUUUCAGAGGAGAAGAAGGAGGAUGAGGCCUCGCGCCAGUCUUCAAGCCCCGCCCAUUUCACAGCCACGCCCUCCCAGGACAGCCCUGAACCUCAGGAGGAGAGUAACUCAAGCAGGGGGGGUGAGGCUCUGGACGUCUCCUCCAGCGGUCUCAUCACCACCUUCCCCCGGGCUCCGUCCACGUCGGACUCGGUCCGGACCAAGUGCAGGGAGCUGCUGUGUGCUGCGCUGCAGGCCGGAGAUGACUACAUCACCAUCGGCGCAGACUGUGAUGAACUGGGAGCACAGAUCGAGGACUGGAUCUUCCAGGAGUUCAAACACACAGACGUGAAGUACAAGAACCGCGUGCGGAGUCGAAUCGCCAACCUGAAGGACGGGAAGAACCCCAACCUGAGACGGAACGUGCUGUGCGGGAACAUCAUGCCCAACCGCAUGGCCCGUAUGACCGCGGAGGAGAUGGCCAGUGACCAGCUGAAGGAGAUCAGGAAGAGUCUGACGGAGGAGGCGAUCCGGGAGCACCAGAUGGCCCGCACUGGUGGCACCGAGACCGACCUGUUCACCUGCGGGAAGUGCAAGAAGAAGAGGUGCACCUACACACAGGUCCAGACCCGCAGCGCUGAUGAACCAAUGACCACGUUUGUGUUUUGUAACGAUUGCGGGAACCGAUGGAAGUUCUGCUGAAGGUCACAGGUCACAGAGGUGGCAGCGUUGCCGUUUUUGUACCUGGAGUUAUGAAACGAACAGGAACUUCACGCCCAAUGAAGCCGCAGAAGAACACACCAGCAUUUUACAGCAGAGCAGGGGCCCGGCCCCCCCCCAGGGCCACCCUCUGCGUCUUAACCUCGCGUUAGACCAGACUUUAAUAGCUUUUAAAAAGAUGACAGGACUGCCAGUGAUGUUACUGUAAGAUUUAGUUUCACUUUCGAUUUCAGUCAGGAUUUAUUGUUCUAGUUUGUUGUAUGUUCAUUCAUGUCCAUUUUAAUGUAAUUAAGUUCCUUAGUUAAAAAAAACAAAAAAAUCUCAUUAAAAAAAAUAAAUCGACAAAAUGUUUAUUUGUUUGGAUUGGGACCCCAGUACCCACUGACUGAGUCUGAAAACCCAAAUAUACGUGCAUUGGUAACAGUUUGCAGUAAGGUUCCAUGAAUUGGCAUGAACUAACGUAGUCGUUAACGAACUACUACUGAAAACUUAAUAAAUGCAUUAACGAAUGAAAACUUAA